UCGACCUCAGCGGGUGUCGCGGCGGGACGCGGUGACGUCAGGGCGGGGACGACGGGGCGGCCGAGGAAGGUGUGGAUUUUCCUGCCACCCCCCCGUGCCACCUGCAGCAUGUACCUGUGUCGCGUGGCCCGCACCCCGCGCCUGCUCCCCGCUGGGAUCCCCUGGGGGUCGCUCCGGCGCCGCCGGCACCGAGCCGUCAUCUUUGAGGCCAGUGGCCUGCUCCUGCCAUCCCCUCACAAGGUGGCCAUGGGCUGGGAGGCCCGGAAUUGUAUUCCAGCUGGCACAUUCCAGCAGGCUGUACUCUCUGGAGGGGAAAACAGUCCCACUCGGAAGUACACCCGAGGAGAGCUGACAGCUGUGGAGUUUUUGCAGGAGUUGGGACAGCAGUGCUUUGAGAUUGCCAAUGUCUGUGUUCCAGUGGACUCAUUUAUUUCUGACUUAAUAAAAAAUGAGAUGAUAAAACAGCUCCCCAUGAUGGCAGAAGCUGUGCAGUGUAUCCGUGCAGAAGGUCUGAAGACAGCUCUCCUAAGGAACAACUUCUGUCUGCUGAAUGGAGAGAGCUUUCUGCCCCUGGAUCCAGAGCACUUUGAUGUGAUGAUUGAAUCCCAUCUGGAAGGGAUGCACAAGCCAGAUCCUGGGAUCUACCAGCUGUGCUUGGAACGCUUGGGUGUUCAGCCCCAGGAAUCCAUACUCCUCGACAACAGCAGCCAGAGCCUAAAAGCAGCAGCCCAGCUUGGCAUGAAAACCGUGCAGAUUGAUGAUCCAAAAGUAGCACUCAAAGAGCUGGAAACCUACCUGGGUUUCCCUUUGCAAGGGUUUGUUCCAUAUACUUGUUCAGUGAGACCAAGCACGGAGAUCCCAAAAGAUCGUCUGCAAAAGUACCUUGAAAAUCUUCUUGGUGACCAGGCAAGAGGCCCACUGGUGUUACGCCAGUUUGGCCACAGACCACCUACCAGGACCUAUUCCAUCAAGUUUGGAGAUCACUUGUUGGUGCUGAAGAAGGAGUCCACUGGCCACCUGUGUCACUCAGGCCUGACUGUUGGAAGGGAGUACAGGGUACUGAAGGCCCUCUCUGAGGCUGGUGUUCCUGUUCCCACUGUACUUGCUCUCUGCGAGGACCAAAGCACCCUUGGCACACCUUUCUUCCUGAUGGAGCACUGUGCUGGCCGCGUCUACAGCGACGCCUCCCUCCCCACGCUGCAGCCAGGCCAGAGAAGGGCUGCUUAUGCUGCCAUGAGCCAAGUCCUCUCCAAGAUCCACAGCAUAGACUUCAGAGCAGCCAAGCUGGAGGACCUCGGGGAGCAUGGUGAUUACAUUCAGCAGCAGGUUGAGACCUGGACAAAGCAGUACCGAGCUGUGGAAACUCACACUAUCCCAGCCAUGGAGAGACUCAUGGAGUGGCUGCCUCUGCAUUUUCCUGAGUCUCAGAAGACGACGGUUGUGCAUGGGGAUUUCAGGAUGGACAACCUGGUCUUUCAUCCAGACAGGCCAGAAGUCCUUGCUGUCCUUGGCUGGAAGCUUUCAACUCUAGGAGAUCCCAUCUCUGAUUUGGCGAAUAACUGUAUGGCCUACUUCCUGCCACCUCACUUUAGUGCUCUGAGAGGCUUGAGGAAGUGUGAUCUGGGGCGCCUGGGAGUCCCCACGGCAGAGGAGUAUUCCCAGAUGUACUGGAGCCAGAUGGGAAUGGAGCGGCCCGAGAACUGGAAUUUCUACAUGGCCUUUGCCUUCUUCCGCCUGGCUGCGGCGCUGCGGGGAUUCCAGACACGCCAUCCGGCAGAAGAACCAGCCUCAGGUGAAGGCAGCCGUGAGGAUGCAGAGUUUGUGGCAGACCUGGCUUGGGAGUUUGCCAUAAAAGAAGGAUUCCGUGUCUUUGACAGCCUCCCCACCAGGAAGCUUCUCACACGACGUUACAGCACCUGGUCCAGGUGUGGGCCAUUCAGGAGCUAUGGAACCUGGCCUUGUCCUGGGUCGGCUCCUGAGCCCAAAGUCCCUCUGGUCAGUCCCCCCACCAGCCUGAUGGGGGUGGCCCAGGGUCUUUGCUGCAAGCUGGAAAAGAUCAUGGGUGUCCAGUGGAGUUUUCUGAUUUCCCAGCCCAGAUGGAUGCCACAUCCUCUUCUAGAGCUGAAGCUCAGUGUGGCUCAGCCCGUGGCUCUGGGCUGGCUGGUGUUGCAAACAGAUCUGCUGGGAGUGGUGUUGCAGAGAGCCAGAACCAAAGCAGUGGGGCUGAUGAUGCCUGGACAGGCCAUGGAUCAAGAGCACCAGGUCUCUGGAGCAGAGCAUCUCCCCAGCACAGCCAGCCUGCUGCUCCACUCGGACCUGAGCUCCAUGUCUGGCUGAAGGUCCCACGUGGUUCACAGGCCAGUGCUCUCCAACCUGGAGCUGAGCCACCAGCUGCAGCACUGGGGAGCCUCGGAUGGGAGACUAAACAGCAGCCUGGGAGCUUCUGGAUUUCUGUGGAGUUUGUUGUUUUCUUAUAUCUGGACUCAGUGCCUUUACUGCUAGGCUCAACAGGUAUGGGGCAAAAUCCAGCCCUGGAUCAUGAGGCUGCAGGCAGUCUUGAAGAGGUCAGGAAUGACCAGGCUUGGGAUGCAGGAUUUGGCUUCGGGAAUAAAAAUAAUAGAAAAGAGUGUCUGUCAUGCUUCAGCACAUAAUCUUCAGCAGGCUGCAGACUCUAGAAGGACUCCAAUCAGUGGUGGGGUGAACUGAAUCAGGUCCUCAAAGAUUCUGGCCUUGGGGAGGUUCCGAAGCUGAGGCAGUGCCUGGCCCCUGGAACUGGGAGGAACUGGGAGAACUCCAUGGUCCCAUGACUGCAGUGGAUCUCUCUGGGUUUCUUUGGGGAUCAGGCAGGAUGCAGACUGGAUCAAUAGGGGCCUUCAGUGCUUCACAGAGGCCAGGAGCAAGGAGAGAACUGUAGGAGCAAUUGUGGGAACAAUUCCUGGGCUUUUUAUGUAUGGUCUGGUAUUAAUAUUAAAGUAAUGGGCACAUUUAUUUUAA